AUGAGCAGCAAGACGAAGAGUAAGAGUAAUAUUCCCGCCAAGCAGCCGGUGCAGGACCACACAGAUGCUAAACCCCCACAACCCGCAAAAGAAAUAACUACUACUACUAAUACUAAUACUACUAAUAUCAUUAGUACUAAUAGUAUGAACAGUAGUUCGACUGUGAAGAGUAUAUCCACAGCAGCAGCAGCAGGGAGGAGGACGUUGGGUUGUUGUGGGGCUCUUCUUGUGAUUGGCACUUAUCAUUCCGUGAUGGCGGGUCUUGUCUUUCGCCGUGAUCGCCUCGCGCUGCUCUUUUCCAUCAAACACCACGAUGGUUGUAUUAACACAAUUGCGGUGGGGGAUAAAUACAUCGCCUCUGCGGGUACAGACGAGCGUGUGUUUCUCUUCACCAAUAAGAAUCAUCAAUCCCACCUUACA